AUGGAAACAAAGACGGCGAGGAGGUUUUUUGAGAAACCAAAAAGGUUGGUUUUCAAUCGUCUAGGAGGAGAAGGCCACCGGGGUAACAUGCCAAUCUGCAGGUAUUGGCUCGAAGGAAGGUGCAACAAGAACCCUUGUAAAUAUCUUCAUCCUGAAUCAGGACAGCCACAGCCACAGCCACAGCCACAGCCACAGCCACGAAGACAACUAAAACGGCCUUAUUUUGUAUCUUCUGAUGAGAGCGUUGGUGAUAAGUUCAAAUCCACAUUGAGGAAUCCCAAUCCUUCCUCUAAGAUAUCUGACGAGCUCAUCGGCAAUAAGUUCAAGACCACUUGGAUAAAUCCCAACCUUCCCUCUAAAAUGGCAAGAGCUUCACCUACUGAAGGUGUAAAUUCUGAAGGGAAAAUUGUGCACGUGAUGAAGAAACAGGAAUUGAUCAAAGGAGACUCGGUCGCUGUUGAAGUAAUUCCCCAGAUGGCUCAGAAGGAAUUGAUAAAAGGAGACUUGGCAUCUGUUGAAGAAAUUCCCCAGAAGGGUCAGAAGGAAUCGAUAAAAGGAGGCUCUGUCUGUGCUGAAGAAAUUCCCCAGAAGGGUCAGAAGGAGUUGAUAAACGAAGACUCUGUCUCUCUUGAAAUAAUUCCCAAGGUCCAGAAGGAAUUGAUAAAGGGUGACUCGGUCUCUAUUGAAGUAACUCCCCAGGAGGCUCAGAAAAAGAAGCUUUGUCUGUACUGGGUUACUGGCAAUUGUGUUUAUGGUGAAAAUUGCAGGGAUGUGCAUUCAUGGUUCACUGGUUCCGGAUUCUCUCUUGUGGCUAAGUUAGAGAGGCACAAAAAGGCUGUCACUGGAAUCUCUCUGCCUUCUGGCUCAGACAAGCUCUUUUCCGGAAGCAAGGAUGAAUCUUUUUGUACUUGGGAUUGUAAUAGUGGUCAGUGUAUUACCACUGUUAAUACAGGCGGUGAAAUUGGAUGCGUGACCAGCGAAGGUCCAUGGAUAUUUAUAGGUGUGCAAAAUGCUGUAAAGGCUUGCAACCUUGAAACCCAAACUGAGCUCCUCCUCCAUGGAGCAAAUGGCCUUGUUCGUUCUGUGGCUGGGGCUGUUGAUAUGGUUUUUGGUGGAGCAGAGGAUGGUUCUAUAUUGGUGUGGAAAUCCACCCCCGAAUCCAGUCAACCUGUAGUGGCGGCCACUUUGCAGGGCCACAAGCUAGCUGUAGUAUCUCUUUUUGUGGGAGCUAAUUUUCUGUAUUCAGGCUCCAAUGAUGGAACAAUAAGAGUGUGGGAUGUGAAAACUUUGCAUUGCCUGCAUACACUAGAAGGUCACUCUGAACCUGUAACUUCUGUCAUGUGCUGGGACACUGAAAGCGGAAAAUUGGAAGUAGUACAUGAAUUUGGGGAAGAAAGUGGUAUACUUGCUCUACGUGGGAUACAUGAUGCAGAGGCUAAUCCAAUUCUACUAUGCUCACGAGCUGACAAUACCGUCCGCCUAUACAACCUGCCAUCCUUUACUGAGAGGGGCAGGAUUUUUGCCAAAGGAGUUGUUAGUCUUGAAACGAUGGAGAAAGGCGGGUUUUUUUUCACAGGUGACUCUGCAGGACAAAUUUGUGUUUGGAAACUGAAUGCUGCACAAUCAAGUGAAGGGGGUGAGAAUUCAUGA